AUAUAUACACACCUUUCGCUCUCCGCCCUGCUCUCACAUCUUCAGAUCACACUCAAGAAGCGAUAAUAUAUAAUGUCAGGGGUUUGGGUGUUCAAGAACGGCGUCGUUCGGCUAGUGGAGAAUCCGGGGGCCGACUCGGUGCAGGGCUCGAGCAGGCGCAAAGUGCUGGUUCACACUCCUUCCAAUGAAGUCAUUACGUCCUACUCGGUGCUUGAGCGCAAGCUGGUUUCCCUGGGGUGGGAGCGCUACUACGACGACCCUGAUCUUCUUCAGUUCCACAAGCGUUCCACCGUCCACCUCAUCUCUCUCCCCAGGGACUUCUCCAAGUUCAAGUCCAUGCACAUGUAUGACAUCGUCGUCAAGAACAAGAACUCUUUUGAAGUCAGGGACAUGAUGUAAACCAUGUUCUCUCGCAACUCUCUCUUUCCAUUUGCUUUGUUUCUGAUUAAUUUAUGCCGCGCGGUCUUGGGGCACGCGGGUUGUGUGUCUAUAUAGUAUAUCUAAUCUAUGUGACUGCUACUGUAACGUUAAUUUCAGUACCGUGCAGGUCAGUUUGUGUUCUAAUCGAUAUAGAUUGAUAUUAUAUAUAUCUAUAUAUAUAUAUAUAAGGUCUGAUUGCGUGCUGGUGAGAAAUGACAACUGAGUGUCAUUACUGUGUGCUCCUGUAAAUCUUUAUAUUCAUUCCGCAAUAAAAUCUGAGUUUCUUCUCCCCUGUA